AUGAGCGCUCUCAUCCAGAUGCGUGAUUCAAAAGGUAAAUUCAUACAAGCUCGUGCUUUACUUGAUACCUGUGCAACAGCUAAUUUUAUUACUGAGAAUUUAACCAAUAAAUUAAAACUUCCAAUGCAAAAUUGUUCUAUUCCAAUCGGGGCUGUUAAUGGAAUGCAAACUUUCUCUAAACAUCUUGUUCAAGUAACUUGUAAAUCUUUAAAUGAUAAAUUCCAGAGAUCACUAUCUUUUUUAACUGUUAACGAAAUUACUGAAUUGAGUCCUAAUGAAACCUUUCCACGUGAUAAAAUACAUAUACCAAAAAAUAUAAUACUUGCUGAUCCACAAUUUCACAUUCCAAGACCCGUAGACGUCCUUAUCGGUUCAGGUACUACUCUUUCACUUCUAUCAGUUGGACAGAUUAAUUGCUCACAAGCUGACUGUGAUUUAAUACUACAAAAAACGCAACUGGGAUGGGUUGUAGCGGGGGGAGUCAACGACGACCAAAACAUACUACCUGUGAUUUGUCAACUAACUGACCUAUCAAGUCAAUUAACUAAGUUUUGGACAAUUGAAGAUGUGGGCUCUAAAGAUUCACGAUCUUUAGACGACUCUACAUGUGAGAAUCAUUACCAUCAAACGACUACACGGGAUGUAGACGGACGAUAUAUAGUAAAACUACCUUUCCGGGUCGACAACGUCGACUUUGGAAAUUCUAAAAAUCAAGCUUAUAAAAGAUUUCUAUCCUUACAGAGGAGAUUAAAUUCUGAUUCACAAUUAAAAACCGAAUAUAACAAAGUCAUGCAAGAAUACAUCGACCUUGGUCACAUGGUAUACGUACCGGAUGACAAAACACCAGGAUAUUAUAUGCCUCAUCACCCGAUAAUUAAAACAUCUAGUACUACCACCAAAGUACGCGUUGUAUUUGACGCCUCAGCCAAAACCGAUAAAGGUAUCUCCCUGAAUGAAGUCCUGUUAACGGGGCCUACUAUCCAAGACAAUCUCUUUACUAUUCUUUUACGUUUUCGUACUUUCAUCUACGCUAUGACUUCUGACAUUGCGCAGAUGUACCGACAGAUUUGCAUACAUCCAGACCAUCACAAAUUUCAACGAAUUCUUUAUUAUCACAACAACAACAUUAGUACUUUUGAACUCAAACGAGUUACGUUUGGGGUCUCUGCGGCCCCAUUCUUAGCUAUACGCACUGUAAAUCAACUUGCUGACGAAGAAUCACAUAACUUUCCAAUAGCUUCAAAAAUACUUAAACGAGAUCUUUAUGUUGACAAUCUCUCAACUGGAACUAAUUCUUUGACUGAAAUUUUACAGUUACGUGAUGAAAUCAUUCAACUGGUACGAAAGGGGGGUUUUGAACUCAGACAAUGGGCUUCAAAUCAUCAACACGCACUUGACAACUUUGACCAAAGAACUCUGGACUUAGACUGUGCUAUCAACGACGAUCCUAUCUCUAAAACCCUGGGCAUUGUAUGGAACUCCCUAACUGAUGAAUUUAUUUAUACAGCUAACUCCAUUGAUUCAUCACGAAAAAUAACUAAAAGAACUAUUCUAUCAGAUAUUGCAAAGAUUUUCGAUCCUAUCGGAAUUCUGGGUCCUAUAGUACUAGCUGCUAAAACUAUCAUUCAAGAAUGUUGGAAAUUAAAGAUUCACUGGGAUGAAGCGGUCCCACAAGAGUUACACCUACGUUGGUGUAAGUUUGCUGAACAAUUACCUAUCAUCAAAGACUUUUCAAUUGAACGUAAUAUAUUACUUCCUAAUGCAACUGACAUACAGCUGCACGGAUUUUGUGAUGCUAGUAAGGUGGGCUACGGUGCUUGCAUAUAUGUUAGAUCAAUGAACAAACAAGGGCACGUAAUCGUGAGGUUAGCUUGUUCCAUAUCCCGAGUUGCUCCCAUUAAAGAUGUUACAAUUCCAAAAUUAGAAUUAUGUGGAGCAUUAUUACUUGCUAAAUUAUAUAAAGAUACACUUCCUUCUUUUAAUUUUGAUAUUUCUAAAAUUAUAUUCUGGUCCGAUUCAACUAUUGUACUUCAAUGGCUUAAACGAUCCCCAAAUUCUCUUAAAGUCUUCGAAGCUAAUCGCGUUACAGAAAUUCAGUCCCUUGGUAAUAAAGUAGAAUGGCGACAUGUCAGAACCAAAGAUAACCCUGCAGAUUGUUUAUCUAGAGGUCAACUCCCUUCUGAAUUUUUAAAGAAUGAAAUGUGGUUAGAAGGUCCUACGUGGCUCUCACAGGACCAUACAACCUGGCCUGAAUUAUCACCACCAGUUCCAUCAGAACUUCCUGGUGUUCGAAAAAAUACUUGUUUAUUAGCUGCUACAUAUAAUUUAUUUAGACGCUUCUCGUCAUACUCGACGCUUAUAAACUCAUUUUCAUUUUGCUUGCGUAUGAGUAAAAAUAAUCCCUUUAAACAAAAACCUUUGAGCGUCGAAGAAAAAUUACGAACUGAAAUUAAAAUCUUAACACUAAUUCAAAACGAACAAUUUCAUUACGAAAUUGAACAAAUUAAAGAAACUGGGCAAACGAAAAACUUACGAUUGCGAGGGCUCAAUCCCUUUCUCGAUCAAAAAGGAUUAUUAAGAGUUGGAGGACGCUUGAAACAUGCUCCUAUUUCAUUUUCCGAAAAACAUCCCAUCUUACUACCCUCACGACAUCAUGUUACAGAUUUAAUUAUUCGAGAAACACACAAAAACGCAUAUCAUUCCGGUAUUCAAAGCACACUUUCCAAUCUUAGACAUAGAUUUUGGUUAUUAGAUGGUAAAAAUCAAGUACGUAAAAUCGUUAAAAAAUGUGUCGUAAGUGUCCGACACCGUCCUAUAUUAUUGCAAGGAAAAAUGGCCAACUUGCCUAGCUCUCGAGUCACUGAAUCAGCAGCUUUCUCUCACGUGGGUGUGGACUACUUUGGACCGCUCUUUAUUAAAGAACGUAAAUUCCGAAAUAGAACUAAAAUCAAGGUAUAUGGGUGUGUCUUUGUCUGUAUGGCCACUAAGGCUGUACACCUAGAAAUUGCAAGCGAUUUAACUACAGAGGGUUUUUUGGGUGCAUUUGGGCGAUUCAUGGGUCGACGAGGGGUCCCAUCUAAUGUUUAUUCUGACAAUGGUACUAACUUUGUGGGUGCUAACAAUCAAUUGAGGGAACUGUAUUUAUUAUUUACAUCUAAAUCUCACCAGGAUUCUGUCCACGAAUAUGCUGUCCGAAAGAACAUCAUCUGGACAUUUAACCCUCCAUUAUCUCCUCAUUUUGGUGGCAUUUGGGAAGCGGCUGUGAAGUCGUUUAAGCAUCAUUUCAAACGAGUGGUGAAGAACCAACUUCUGACUUUUGAAGAGUUAAACUCUUUAACUAUACAAAUAGAAGCUGUACUUAAUUCUCGUCCUUUAUGCUCUUUAUCUAGCGAUCCUAAUGAUCCUAUUGCACUAACACCUGCCCACAUAUUGAUAGGACGUCCUCUCACAAUACUGCCUGAAAAUGAUUUUUCUAAUGUUCCAGAUAAUAGACUCAAUGUUUGGCAAUUUAUUGUCAAGGCUCGACAAGAUUUCUGGAGACGUUGGUACCUGGAGUAUCUACACGAACUACAAACCAGACAAAAAUGGCAUUCUUCUCAGGGAGAAAUUACGGUCAACCAGGUUGUCUUACUCAUGGACAAAAACCAACCAUGCAUGCGGUGGCAGCUGGGAGUGGUGGUCGACAUUCAUCCAGGCGAUGACGACAUAACGAGGGUGGCUUCUAUCCGAACCGCUCAAGGAAUCUACAAACGGAAUAUCACUCUACUGUGUCCCUUACCAGUCAAUUCUUGA